GAAAAUUAUUUGUGUUUUUAUGAAUGUAUAAUAUUAUUGUAUUUGUGUUAUUGUUAUUAUUAUUACUAUCAUUAAUAUCGGAUAAUAUAAACAAUUUAUGAAUGACAUUUUUGGUACUUUGAAUCAUCAUUUGAAAUUUUCAACCGUGAUAAUAUUAUUUCGGAAUGUUUUCAAAUUGAUUGGUAUUAUUAAUAUUAUUAACAUGAUAAUUUAUUAUUACUUGUAUUAUUCCUUCUACUCUACUUGUACAACUCCUCACCAUUUGGUAAUAAUAUCAUGAUAUUUUGAAUAUGUAUUUAUCAAAAUUAUUAGCUUCUCUCAUUUCCAUGCCUGCUCUCAGUCCAACCAUGAAUACUGGUAAUAUUGGUAAAUGGUUAAAGAAGGAAGGUGAUGAACUCAAGCCAGGUGAUCUCAUUGUUGAAGUUGAAACUGAUAAAUCCACAUUAGAAUUCGAAUUCCAAGAAGAAGGUUUCUUGGCUAAGAUUUUGACUCCAGAAGGAAGUAAAACUAUUGCUCUUGGUAGUCCAAUUGCAAUUCUCGUUGAUGAUGCUUCAAAGAUUUCCUCUGAGGAUUUGGCUGCUGGUGCUUCAUACACUCCAGGUGCUGCCACCCCUGCUGCUUCCACUACUCCAUCAUCCACUCCAUCUCAACAAACUUCCACCACUACUACAACUCAAUCAGCUCCAUCCACUACUACUACCUCAACUGGUGGACGUGUCUUUGCUUCACCUUUGGCUAAGAAGGUAGCUCAAGAUAACAAUGUUGAUUUGGCUCAAAUUGGUUCUGGAAGUGGUCAUUCUAACAGAAUCGUCAAGGCUGAUGUUGAAGAAUUCCUUACUCGUAAGCCAGCUGUUCAAGAACAACCAAGAGCUACUACCACCACCACUACUCAACAACAAACUGUUGCUGCUCCAGCUGUUUCAUCUGGUUCAUUUGUUGAUAUUCCAGUUUCUAACGUUCGUAAGAUUAUUGCUGACCGUCUCUUGGAAUCAAAGAGAACUAUUCCUCACUAUUAUUUGACUGUUGAAAUUGAAGUUGAUAAUUUGAUGAAGGCCAGAGAAGAAUUGAACAAGGCUGGUGAAAAGAGAGGAUUCAAGUUGUCUGUCAAUGACUUCCUCGUUAAGGCUGCUGCUCUCUCCAUGAAGAAGGUUCCAGAAAUCAACAGCUCAUGGCAAGAUACUUUCAUUCGUCAAUAUAACAAUGUUGACCUCUCAGUUGCUGUCCAAACUGAUUCUGGUUUGAUUACUCCAAUUGUCUUCUCUGCUGAAACUAAGGGUCUCUCCUCAAUUUCUAAUGAAGUUAAGGCUCUCGCUGGUAAGGCAAGAGAAAACAAAUUGAAGCCACACGAAUUCCAAGGUGGUACUUUCACUAUUUCUAACCUUGGUAUGUUCGGUAUUGAUGAAUUCUCUGCAAUUAUCAAUCCACCACAAGCCUGUAUUUUGGCUGUUGGUAAGUCCUCAAAGAAGGUUGUUGUCAAUGAAAAGCCAACCUCUGCUGAAGAUAAAUUCAAGGUUGUGACAACUAUGAAGGUUACUUUGAGCUGUGACCAUCGUGUUGUUGAUGGUGCUGUUGGUGCUCAAUGGUUGCAAGAAUUCAAGACUCUUCUUGAAAAUCCACUCUACUUGACUCUCUAAAUUAAUAUAUUUUCACUUUUUAUUAA